CAGCAGCGCUCAGUCCAGAGGAAGCGAAGGUCACCUCCCCUUACCUCAACUCACUGCAGCAGCUUGUCGGCGUGAAUAGAGACUUUUUCUCUGUAAUUAUUCCGUUAAAAAAUGGACAAUUUUGAUAAUUACAACGCGUCGGAUAAAGCAGAGGCUUCGGAGCUUCAGCGCAUGAUCGCCAUAGAGCAGCAGAAAGCGCAGUUCCAGGCCCAGGUGCACACUUUCACUGACGUUUGCUGGGACAAAUGUGUGGACAGCCCGGGCUCCAAGCUGGACUACAGGACGGAGACGUGCCUGCAGAGCUGCGUGGAGCGCUUCAUCGACACCACCCUGGCCAUCACCAACCGCUUCACACAGAUGGUGCAGAAAGGAGCUCAUUAACGAUAAUACACCGUCGAUGCCAACCAGACUGUGUUAUGACAUUCAUCAGAUAUUUUGUAUUCUUAUGAUGUUGGUAGAAGAUUAGAUGAAGAGGAUGUUUUUUUAAAUAUAAAUCACUGUGUAUGCUUCAGGGGUCUUUAAUGUGAUCAAAUGGAAAACUGUGCAUGGAUACAGCUGCACAUAACAGCCAGAAGUACCUCUUUGACUCUAUGAAGUGAUGUAACCUGGCAUGAGUAAAGUGAAAUAUUGUGCUCAUGUUCACUGUCUUGUCUGUUUCUUUCAUGCAUGUUCAAAACCCAAAAUAAGACAACAAUCCAGGAACAUCUGGAAGCUUGAAUAUGUGUCAAACCCACAGAAAACAUCAGCUGAUGAGGGUAAACAGAAAACAAUCACAACUGUAAUAAUAACAGUGAUGUAUAAUAACAUAAUCUAUAUAGUUCUCAUUCAUAUUAAUUAAAGGAUAAAUAAAGACA